AUGUCGAAUCUUGUUGUAGGAAAAUUAAAAACUCUUAUUCGUGAAUAUCCUAAACCAGUUGGUAUUGUUGUUGAUUAUGACACAACUGGUUUUCGUGCUCGAGCAGAAACACUCCCAUGGAUUAUGAUUCGAAUAGGUCUUGUAGCUGCUCUUCGAUCUAAAGUGAAACAAGGUUGUGUGGGUGUAAUGAUUACAGCUUCACAUAAUCCUGGACACGACAAUGGUAUUAAAUUAGUUGAUCCACGUGGUGAAAUGCUUGAUCAAGCAUGGGAAGUUUAUGCAAAUAAUCUAUGUGCACUUGACGAUGAUGCUGAAGUGCUAUGGACUUAUCUUGAAACGCUCAUGAUUGAACUCAACAUUCAACCAAAUGAUGACGCAAUUAUUGGUAUUGCAUAUGAUAAUCGAGAAAGUAGUCCAUUGUUAGCCAGUAUUGUCAAACGAGCUGCGCAAGCGUUACAUACAGUCAUAAUGGAUUUCGAACUCAUGACAACACCACAACUUCAUUAUGCUAUUCAUUGUUAUAAUCAUGAUGAAUUUCAUGGACGUUUCAAUGAAAUCAGUUACUUUGAGAAAUUAUGCACAUCAUUUCAAAAUUUAGUUAUGAUAACACCUAGUAAUAGAUCAUUAGAAUCACUUGCGAUUGAUGCUGCAAAUGGUGUUGGUGCUUUUAAAUUAGCUCAAAUACGGCGAAUAUUAAAAAAAUUUAUUCCACUUGAUAUUUAUAAUGAUGGUAGAACAGGUCAUUUAAAUGAAAAAUGUGGUGCUGAUUAUGUUAAACACUAUCAAAUAGCGCCUGAUGGUAUACCAUUAAAUCAUUAUUCAAAAUUUUGCUCAAUUGAUGGCGAUGCUGAUCGUUUAAUCUAUUUUUUUAUUGAUAAAAAUAAUCACUUUCGAUUACUCGAUGGUGAUCGAUUUUCGGUUUUAUUCUUAUCAUUUCUUUCACUAAAACUAAAAGAAGCUCAAUUAUUUGAUGGCGUUAAAAUUGGUGUUGUACAAACAGCUUAUUCUAAUCAGAAUUCAACAGAUUAUAUUGUUAAAAUAAUGAAAGUUCCUGUAGUUUGUGUACGAUCUGGUGUUAAAUAUUUACAUCAUAAAGCGCUUGAUUAUGAUAUUGGCAUUUAUUUUGAAGCAAAUGGACAUGGAACAGUACUUUUUAAUGAUGAUUUAAAGAUAAAAGUAAAAGCAGCAAGUGUAGAUCAACAGCGUACUGAACAACAACGUUUAGCUGCAAAACAAAUUCAUACAUUUAUUGAUUUAAUUAAUGAAACUGUUGGUGAUGCAAUAGCUAAUUUACUUGCGACAGAAGUUAUUCUUUUCAUAUUAAAUAUGAAUCUUGACCAAUGGCUAGCUUUAUAUGAUGAUCUACCACAACGUCUAUUAAAAGUAACUGUUCGAAAUCGAACUAUGAUACAAACAACAGAUGCUGAACGUCGAUGUACAGCUCCAGCACAUUUGCAAGAUCGUAUAGAUGAACUUGUUUCUAAAUAUCCAUCAGGUCGUGCAUUUGUUCGACCAUCCCGUACAGAAGAUAUUGUACGUGUUUAUGCUGAAGCUGCAACACAAAUUGCAGCUGAUGGAUUGGCUGAUGAAGUACAAAAAGUAGUAGAAGAAUUAACAAAAUGA